AUGGAGACGCCCCUCCCUUUUGGAUGGAAGCCCCUCAACAUUGACCGUUACGAUGACACCACCGACCCAGAUGAGCAUGUCGACCUGUACGUCACCCAAUACACAACGAGUCAGCCUCAUUACAUCACAUCCACCGCCCUGGCCAGCCUCAGACAGGGCGACGACGAGCCACUGAGGGCGUUUAUGGAACGCUUUGCUAGCGUCUUGGUUAAGAUCCGCAACCUAAACCCCGAGGUCUCCCUUCAUGCCAUGCUCAUGGCGCUCAAGCCAGGACCUUUCGUCGAUAGCCUGUGUCGUCGAUCUCCCCCAGAUAUGGACGAACUCCGUGCUCGAGCUACAGGGUACAUUCAGAUAGAAGAGCACACCACUUUUCGUGACCAGGUUCGUGUAAAAUCUCAAGCGAAGCCGGACCACGACCACAAAGAUAAGGUGAAAGUCACUAAUGAUAGCCAAUUCAAGAAGGCUGUUAGGGCAAACAAAGGAGGGAGGUAUGACUUCUACACCUGCCUAAAUGCGCCCCGAGUACACAUCCUGGAAGAGGCUAGUAACACCAAUCUGCUCACUUUGCCACCACCUGAACAUAGUCCCAACAGUGUGGACAAAUCCAAGCAUUGUCGGUACCACAAAAACUAUGGUCACACAACCGAGGAGUGCCGCACGCUUAGAGACUGCAUCGAGGAACUCAUCCAAGGAGGACACCUCGGACAAUACGUCCAACGGCAGCAAUCUAACAGAGGAGGCAACCAUGGGCGAGGACGAGGAUGUGGCCGAGGUUUUGGGACUCGAACAGACCAAACCUCUGGCUCCCAGCAAAACACGGGCGAAGUAGUGCAGGCCGAGGUAAGUCAGGAUAUAGGAUCGGCUCCCUUGCGAGGAGUUAUCAAUACAAUUGCAGGUGGCUUUGCAGGGGGAGGCUCUAGUAGCUCGGCACGCAAAAGGCACUUGUGGAGCAUCAACAAUGUCCAUAUUUCCACCUCGGCCCCGCACCACAACACACCACCCAUCACCUUCACGGACGACGACUACACUAGCAUCUGUCCAAACUAG